ACCUUCUCGCCUCACGCACCACGAAGCGCAACAGCCAGGGACAAGAGGGUCCUUUUGUAAAGCCUGAAGCGCGAGCGAUCGAGAGCAGAGCAUCUCCUCGACCUCGAACGAACGAGUUCCCGAGUCUUUUGUUUAGCGCGGCGGCACUGCACGCGCGAACUAGGGGCCGGGGAGGUUGUGUGUUCCAAAAGUGUUUGUGAUUUGAGGCCGUGGGCAGCAUGGCGCCGGUGUACACCGCGGGACUCGGAACGAGCGGGUCCGGCCUGACGCUGAACCCGGUGGCGGAGCGGGCGCUCAGCCGCGGCGCGUCCACGCUGUCCACGCCCAUGUCGCCGCCGCCGGCGUUCGGGAGCAUGGUCACCGUGCUCAGCAUCGACGGCGGCGGCGUCCGCGGGAUCAUCCCGGGCACCAUCCUCGCCUUCCUCGAGGAGAAGCUGCAGGAGAUGGACGGGCCGGGCGCGAGGAUCGCGGACUACUUCGACGUGAUCGCCGGGACGAGCACCGGCGGGCUGGUCACCGCCAUGCUCACGGCGCCCAACAAGGAGGGCCGCCCGCUCUUCGCCGCCAAGGACAUCAACGACUUCUACCUCCAACACUGCCCCAAGAUCUUCCCAGCCGGCAGCGGCGGUCCUCUGGGCCUGUUCAAGAGCAUGUCGGGACCCAAGUACGACGGAAAGUACCUCCGCUCCGUCGUCCGGGAGCUCCUCGGCGACACCAAGGUCAGCCAGGCGCUCAGGAACGUCGUCAUCCCGACCUUCGACAUCAAGCUCCUCCAGCCAACCAUCUUCUCCAGAUACGACGCCAAGAAAGAUGUCUCCAAGGACGCCCUGCUCUCCGACGUGUGCAUCAGCACCUCCGCCGCGCCGACCUACCUCCCGGGGCACCAGUUCGAGACCAAGGACAAGGCCGGCAAGCCCCGGGCCUUCAACCUCAUCGACGGCGGCGUCGCCGCAAACAAUCCGACGCUGCUGGCGAUGUCGCACGUGAGCAAGCAGAUCCUGCUGGGCAACAAGGACUUCUUCCCGAUCAAGCCGGCGGACUACGGCAAGUUCAUGGUGCUGUCGCUGGGCACCGGCUCCGCCAAGGUCGAGGAGAAGUUCGACGCGGUGCAGUGCAGCAGGUGGGGCAUCCUGGGGUGGCUCUACAACAAGGGCGCCACGCCCAUCAUCGACAGCUUCUCCCAGGCCAGCUCCGACCUCGUCGACAUCCACGCCUCCGUGCUCUUCCAGACGCUGCACUCCGAGAAGAGCUACCUCCGGAUCCAGGACGACGAGCUCGCGGGGGACACCGCGUCCGUCGACGUCGCCACCAGGGAGAACCUGGACCGCCUCGUCGGCGUCGGCAGGGCGCUGCUGACGAGGCCGGCGUGCAAGGUGAACGUGGAGACCGGCAAGAACGAGCCGGACGGCGACAGGGGCACCAACGAGAAGGAGCUCAUCCAUUUCGCCAAGAUGCUGGUGGAUGAGCGCCGGGCCAGGCUCAAGAAGAAGGGGAUGGCUAGGCCGGGCCGGGAUACUUGAUUCGUUGGUCAAAUACUUGUUUACAAACUAGAAAAUAUCUUUUUUUAACAAGAACUAGAAAAUAUGUAUACAUGGUAGGCUAAGCCGCAUGCUCUGUAAUCCAUUCGUUUAUUCAUGUUGUCAACUAAAAA